AUGGGCAAGAGUUCGGGUCCUGGCAUCCGUCUUACGUGCGUGCCACCAGUCAAACCGGAGGUCUGCGAAGAUUGGGCCGAUACAUUUCACUCGACCAGCUGGCAGCUUUGCCACGCGAAAAGCUGUCAGCCUGAAGAGAUCCAUUUUGAUGCGCACCCAGAACUGGAAGAGUUCGUGGCACCAAAACCCAGCAUUCUGCCCGCAGAGCGAUGCAAGCCGCCGCGGAACUCGUACCUAUCCUGGACCGAAUAUGAACAGACAGACCCCUACGCUCAGCCGAAUCGCUUCAGCCAUGAAUUGUCUUCCGAUAUGGUGGGGAUGUUCUUGAAAGAAGUUGAAGGCAACCCGAAGUCCCUCCAGCGAUUUAUCAGAAAGAAGCGUGGUGAACCGGAGGAGGUUGGCGUGAUCGGCUGGGCCAAGAAUCUCUUCAGUCGCUGA